AUGGCAUCCAUCACCAUCCUCACCGCCCUCCUCCUUAUCAGCUGGACAUUUAUCGUCCUCCUCAUUCUUAUCCUCAUCUUCGCCGUCUUUUUCCUCAAAGACAACUACACCUUCAAGGUUCACCUUGAACGCACCCCCACUCCUCUCUCCACCACUCCCAUCAACGAACAAGCUCUCAACUGGGCUAACAAUGGCACACAAUUGCCUCCUUCACCACUGCCACCCUCGCUGUUGUCGACGAGCACCCCCAUCUCCUACUCCUCGCCCUUCUGGGCUUCUUCCUAA